AUGCUUAGUCCAAACAAUCAUGAGUACGAUCAAACUUCUAAAGCCAAAGUUCCCUUCUCAUGGGAGCUAAAACCUGGAAUUUCAAGAAGGAAGAACAAAAGUGGCCGUGAUCAGCUACAGUGCAAGCUUACGCCGCCUCCAUGCCCUCAUGCUGAGUAUAGUGAAGAAGUGUUGCAUAGUCCUCUUGUUGUGUUUCCUUUCACGCCUACUAACUCGAGAUCGAACUUGUCAAGUUUUAGGAAGAAAAACGUUGACCCUUUUCUUGAAGCUUACAUGAAAUGUUUAGAGAAGAGUCCCAUUCGAAUCUCUUCUUCGAUGGGAAGAAACGUUAGAGCUGAUCAUCAAGAUUGUCACGCAAAGGGCAAGAAUAAGUCUCUUCUUAUAUGGCUAUGGAGUAAAUACUCUUGCAAAAUUGGUACUGAUGGCUGGAGUUCGGUCUCUCGAUUUCGGAAAUCUAAGAAGAGAAUUGAUUCCACAAAGUAA